AGGGUAGAAAUGCCCACUGGACCCACUGGGCCCACUGGACCGACUGGGGAGAGGAUUGGGGCCGCAACCUCUCGCUGUCACCUGACUCUGGAGCCCCUGAACCGCCGUCACCUCCAGAGGAGAGAACCCGACUUCCUCUUUCUUUUGCGGCGGAAGUUUCCGUUGUCAAACACCUUUUCACAGUUUGGGUCAAGUGUCCAGUAGUUGCCCUUUCCUGUGUUAUCACGGAGUACAGUUGGUGAGACUCAAUUUUGGACUUUAAAAAGGGGUAAACAGCCUGACCAGCUUCACCAGAUGGCCGAUUCAUCUUCUCCCCCUGAGCGUCCGCAGGACAGCAAGGACGACGUGUUGGAGCUAAACAAAGAUUUAGAGAGAAUGACCGAAGGUGCUGAAAACAUAUCAGUGCAGCUGACCUGGAUGGCUUAUGACAUGGUGUCCCUGCGGACCAAUCCUGAGCUGGGGGCCUCUCUGCGGAAACUGGAGGACGCCCAUCACAGGUGCAGAGUUGCGGUGUAUGGAGACCGUGACCAGGGGCCUGAGAUUGCUGCCACCACACUCACUCAGAUGUGAUAUUUUCUUCAGUUUCCAGUUCACAAAUACUUUACUGAGUUAAAGAGGAUAAAGUUGUUAUAGUAGUAUUAGAUUAAUUUGUAUUGUGUAAAACUAAAUACUGCAAUUGCUGUAGUUCAGUUUUUUGCUAUGGGGAAGCAGGUAUUUGGACUUGCCUCUCUGUGUCUGACUACAUUAAAACAGGAUGUUUCAUUCAGUAGUGUAGAUUGUAGCAGUUUGACUGUCAUCAGUUGAUGUUAGCAUGGCCUGCAAAUACUGUUUGUUUUGUACGUGCUAAAUUGAUGUUAUAUAUUUACCCUGUAAAUGUGAAUAAAUAAAAAACAUUAA